AGGCUUCUUAAGGAUCAGACUGGAAAGGCUUGGCGCUGGAGAUAGGCAGCUGGCCGAGUAUUUAAAACCGUCGUGUCAGCGCCCCAACGUCAGGAAGAAGUGCUCCCUCGCUCUCCCAGGAAGAAUAGCCCGACGACAGCUUGCUACUGGCCGCUAUCUAGGCCUCUCUCCUCACCAAUCCGCCGAAUCCAGCCCCUGUCGCUGCAUACACCUCUCCACCAGCUUAGCGGACUUUACUGCUAAGUCCGGCCACUCCACUAUCUUCACCACACCCGCAGGCCUCCUCUCGCCAUGACGCCUACACCACCCUCUACUGGGUCGUCCAGUGCAGGUCAAUCCCCAAACGAUGCUCAAUAUCGAGUCGUUCGAAAGAGAAACCGCGUCCCGCUAUCAUGCGGACCUUGCAGGCAUCGAAAGCUGAAAUGCAAUCGAGGACACCCCUGUGACAACUGCACCAAGAGAGGCGAUACGGGUUCAUGUACGUACGCUACUCCGGGCAGUCGCAAGAAGAGUUCUUCAAGCUCUGGCUCCACAAACUCACCAGAUGAUAUGCAAAAUCGCAUUGACCGCCUCGAAGGACUUGUUCUUUCGUUGAUGACAAAUGGCGCACAAAGCCAAGGACCGACGGCGGCAGCUGCUGCCAUUGCGAAUAGUAUGAAUGGAAACUCGAUGGAUCAGCCCUACGACCUCAGCGCACCCGAGUCUAUCAAAGAAGAAACAGAAGACGAGGAUGAAAGCGAGGUCAAUCAGGUUACCAAGUCUAUUGGUGUGAUGAAAGUAGACAACAACAAGGCGAUAUUUGCGUCCGAGGCGCAUUGGUAUGCUAUCUUGGGAGAGAUUUCCGAAGUCAAGAACUACUUCAGUGAGCAUAAGAAACAAUAUGAUGAUCAUUAUCAAAAGUUCAAGGCCGAGCACCAAGAGGAGUACCAGCCAGGGACUGCUUUUCUUUUCGGGGCACAGAAGCCUACAACUCAUGCUGAAAUCUUAGCUGCGUUCCCUCUCAAGCCGACUGCAGACAUAUUGAUAACCCGAUAUUUCAACACAUACGAUCCUGGGCUCCAUAUUAUUCAUGGUCAUACUUUCCAAAAACAGUACGAUAAGCACUGGGCAAAUCCGACCGAAACUCCAAUCAUAUGGCUUGGUUUGGCAUACGCCAUGAUGUGCAUGGCUCUACAGUCAUAUAGCAGAGCUGGCGACGAACCGCCUGAGUACCGAGGAAAAUCGUGGGAGGUGUCGAGCGAAUACAGGACCUUAACAGCCCAAUGUCUCGUCAUGGCAGAUAUUACCCAGCCCAUCACGAAUAUGCUGGAAACUUUGAUUCUGCAUGUUUACGCAGACUACGGUCGAAGUGCGGAUACCGAGGUCGGUGUGCUAAUCAGCAUUGGUAUUAUCGUACGACUUGCCAUGCGGAUGGGAUACCAUAGAGACUCCGCUCCGUAUCCAGGGAUUACCACCUUUCAAGGCGAGAUGCGUAGAAGAGUGUGGGCUGUAGUGCGGUUCUCUGAUCUUCUAUUCUCUGCGCAAGCUGGUAUGCCUCCAAUAAUUCGGGCUCGGGAUACCAACACGGAACUCCCUAGGAAUCUGUAUGACGACGAGUUGUUUGAGGAUAUGAAAGUCCUCCCGCCAUCCCACCCUGAUACGGAAGCAACACCGGUGUCAUACUUGAUCAUCAAGGCUCGAAUGGUGGCACUGUUUGGCGAAGUAGUCGAGCUGACGUCGGCUCUGACUUGUUCAUCGUAUGAGGAGGUGAUGAAGCUAGAUCAACAGUUGCGAGAUUUACGAGCUAGUCUUCCUCCUCAUCUCGCUUUACGAUCUUUGGAAGAGUCUGCUAGGGACACGUCAACUUUGAUUAUGCAACGAUUCACCUUGGACCUGCUGUACCUAAAGAGUUUGUGCUUCCUCCACCGUAAAUUUUUGCCGGCAUCGCGAGUGAAUACUCGAUUCGCCUUUUCUCGGACAGCGUGUAUUGACUCGUCAAUGACGAUGCUCCAGCAUCAAGUCACGUUAGAGCAAGCGUGCCGUCCGGGUGGAAGGUUAAGAAGUGUGAAGUGGUUCAUUUCCUCUCUCACCACGGUUGAUUUCCUGCUCGCUGCGAUGACAGUCUGUUCGGACCUCUACCACACGGCUCAGGCGGAGCGAUCGGGCAGGCAGCCACCAUCGGAGAUAUAUGUUUGGUCACAGGAUCGACGAGAUGAGAUGAUGGCAGCCCUCGAAAGAGCUGUGGGUAUAUGGGAUUCGCUGAAGGAUCACUCCAUGGAGGCUUACAAAGCUCACGGGCUCCUCAACGCGACGUUGGAGCAACUUCGACGACACGAUACUCUUCGCAAAUCUCAACAGAACUUCUCCGGCGCCGCCGGUACGUUCCCCAGUAACGGUCUCAUGGAGGACCCGAACGUAGCGCCCGAGCAUUCUGCUGCCAUGACUUUGGGUAUGCUCAGCACAGGAGGAUUGACACCAAACCCGGGCAACCCUUACGAAAGUCGGCCGUACCCAGCCUCGAUGGGGAACAUCUUGAACGAUGUCUCGAACCAGCCGUCCGGACUGACUGCUAAUUACAACGGGGGCCUUGGAAACCCCCAGAGUGGACCAGAGAAUGCGCCGAGUCCCUUCUCGUCUUUGUUCGGGCCUAGUCUCGGAUUCCAGAAUAUCGACCUGCCGUCCACCAACAACAUCGACUGGGACGCAUGGGACUCGUACAUUCAAGGUCCAGGCUUGGAUGCAACCAACCAAGGCGCUACAUGGAUGCCAAUGGACUUUGGUGGUCUGCCGGCCGGUAGCGUGCAAUCGCCGAUGGGCAUGCAAACCGAUCAGAAUCAACAGCAUCAGCAGCAAAACGGCCAAGGCAGUGCCAAUGCGUUUUCGGGCAACGGAGGGGUUUUUAUGGGCGUGAGUACCCCUCCGCGCGGUUCCAUGAUGUAAUGCGUUCUGAUUUUCCUCAGGAUGUGUUUAAAACUUCAAAUAUUUGAGUGAAGUCUAUCGUGAGAGGUUCUUUGCGAGAUAUCAAAAUGGGAAGGGCUGGGAAGGGCUUUAUGGGAAUACGCUGGACGGUUGAUGGAUGUAUGAAUGGAUAUAGGGGAUGCUGGAUUAUGCUUCAGUGGAGUUUGAAGGUACGGCGAUUCCACUAGAGAUGGAUGUCGGAAAUGUAGGGAUAUUAGCCGUUGUCUAUGUAGCUAUUCCGAUCUGAGAGUCAUAUGAUACCACUUUCCACUCUGUAUAAGCA